AUGGCGACUCGCAUCGACCCCGAAAAUCCCAUGAUCUACCGAGGCGAAAUAUUUUGCCGGCAUCCAGAUUACGCCUCGAAGAAGGAGACCCGAUAUACCCAGAAGAGUAUUCCCUGGGAGCACUAUCAGGAGGAGCACGGUAUCCAAUACCGACCAUUUAGCCCGGUACUUGGAACUUUCGAUAAGCAGCCUCAUAUCGAUAGACUGCAAUGGAUUGUAAUCUGUGUGCAACGUGGCAAGGAGCAAGCUGGCGCCGCACUUGUUCCUCAGAAAUGGUGA